AUGUCGGUCCCAAAAAUCACAGACGGUUACGAUGAACAGGCCAGAGCAUCAAAAACUGGCAUCAAAGUCAUUAUCGUUGGAGCAGGCCAGUCGUACUCUUGUCCUCAUCGAAUCUCGCUAACUGCCAUUGCAGGCUUCGGCGGUCUCACGGCAGCCAUUGAAUGCCAUCGUCAGGGUCACGAUGUUGAGAUCUACGAAUCUUUCAAAGAACUCAAAGUCCUGGGCGACAUCAUCUCCUUUGGCAGUAAUGCCGGCCGCAUCUUCCGCAAGUGGAGGUAUAGAUCAGGCGAUCGUGUCUCCGAUCGCCUGAGACCGUUGUCCAUCGACUUGAGCAACCAUGGCUUCGACAUCUACAAGUGGACGGGCCAGUUCGUCAUCAACCAACCAACACCCAAGCAAGAUCCCGAGGCGCCUACAUUCAACGGACACAGAGGAGAACUUCAUACGAUAGUAUUUGAGUAUGCAAGAGACGAAUUAGGCAUCCCGAUCCAUUUGGGAAAGAGAAUACAGAAGUACUUCGAGGACGAACAACAAGCCGGCAUCAUCCUGCAAGACGACGAGAAGGUAUGCGCCGACGUCGUCAUCGGCUCAGAUGGAGUCCGCUCCAAGGCAAGAGAGCUCGUUCUGGGCUACGACGACCGACCAAAAGCCAGUGGCUAUGCUGUCUUCAGAGCUUGGUUUCCUAACACCGACAUGAUAGCUGACCCACGCACCAAAAAGUUCUGUGAGAAUGGCGACACCUUUCAAGGCUGGAUUGGGCCCGACGUCCAUUUCUUGUUCUCGACAAUCAAGGGAGGCAAAGAUUGCUGUUGGGUCAUGACACACCGUGAUGACAAUGAUAUUGAGGAAAGUUGGUCACUGCCAGGAAAAAUGGAAGAUGUGUACAAGGUAAUCGAGGGUUGGGAUCCUUUGUGUAAGGCUAUUGUCGAGAAGACACCUUCCUGUGGUGAGUCAUACGAUAUCUGGACACACAAUAAUAUGCAUGCUGACGAAGACUUCAAGNUGGAUUGGAAGCUAGUCUACCGCGAUCCUCUACCUCGUUGGAUCUCGGAUCAUGGAAGGAUAUCACUUUUAGGGGAUUCAGCCCAUCCAUUCUUACCCACCAGCGCGCAAGGUGCGACGCAAGCCAUGGAGGAUGGUGUGACUAUGGCCUAUUGCCUACGAGUAGCAGGAAAGUCCCAGAUACCGGCUGCACUGCGCGCGUUUCAGGAUAUCCGGUAUGUCGAUAAGCUCUCCAAAACAUAUUGUUGUUUGUCUAAUGUUCGAGCACCAGCUNACGAGCGGGUCAAGGCAGUGCAGAAGACGNGGGAGACGACCCGAGAUAUGUGGCACAAAGCAGACUGGGAUCGUGUCAAGGAGGAUCCGACGUCUGUGCAGAUGCCACGAGAGGAUUGGAUUCUGGGACACGACGCUGAGGCACAUGCGUCAAGCGUAUUCGACGAGACCUUCAAGAGGAUUUCAGCCGCCGCAUACUGA